CUGGCGGCUUUCCCCGCCCCCGCUCGCCGCUUUCCUUCUUUCCGGACCUGGCCGAGCAGGCGGCGUCAUCAUGGGAGUUGACAUCCGCCACAACAAGGACCGAAAGGUUCGGCGCAAGGAGCCCAAGAGCCAGGACAUCUACCUGAGGCUGCUGGUCAAGCUGUACAGGUUUCUGGCUAGACGAACCAACUCUACCUUCAACCAAGUUGUCCUAAAGCGGUUGUUCAUGAGUCGCACCAACCGGCCACCCCUGUCCCUUUCUCGGAUGAUCCGGAAGAUGAAGCUUCCUGGCCGUGAGAACAAAACAGCUGUGGUUGUAGGGACCAUAACAGAUGAUGUGCGCAUUCAGGAGGUGCCCAAACUGAAGGUGUGUGCGCUGCGCGUGACCAGCCGUGCCCGGAGCCGCAUCCUCAAGGCUGGAGGCAAGAUCCUCACCUUCGAUCAGCUGGCCCUGGACUCCCCCAAGGGUUGUGGCACCGUGCUGCUCUCUGGUCCCCGCAAGGGCCGGGAGGUGUACAGGCAUUUCGGCAAGGCCCCGGGAACCCCACACAGCCACACCAAACCCUACGUCCGCUCCAAGGGCCGGAAGUUCGAGCGCGCCAGGGGCCGACGGGCGAGCCGCGGCUACAAGAACUAGACCCAGACCCUGCGUUAUUAAAGCGAUUUUGGAUGCUGA